CUACCUAGCUCGCCAAGCGCCAUCAUGCUGGGGUCAUGCUGCGCCGACAUUAAUACAGUAUUACAUUGAGAAACACAUUGAAUCUGAUUGAUUGCGCUUUCCUUGGCCCUGGGGCUUGGAAGAUGAGUCCAUGGUGUUCACCUUUUUGGAUCAGCUUGCGCGUAAGUUGUAGGGCACUGGCCAGCUUGUCAGCUAGACCAACAUCUGCAACAGUACCAAAUCAGUGGCGCUUUUUGUGAUUGGUAUAAGCUGGAAGAAAGGGGGACCUCCUCGCUGCUGGCUAGCUGCGGUCUGGGUGCUCUGUCUGGGACUCACCGCUUGUGUGAAGAAUGGGACGAGCGGGAAAGGCAAAGGCAGAAGAUGAUUUGACCGGAAGUCCUGCCAAGCGUGGAGUUGGUAGAUCAGGAAGAGGAGCUGUUCGAACUCUUGCCUUGAAAGAUUUUGAACCUUUGGAAGACAAGGCAACGAACAAGACAGCAAUGAGCGGGGCCAAAGGUGGUGGCAGGAAGACAUCAACUGGGAGCAAUGCAGACACGUCAAAAGCUUUGAGCGCUUUGGAACGCCUCCUCAAUGAUAGGAAAAAGAAGGCUGCAGCUGCACAGGUUGAGAAAGCAGAAGUGGAGAGCAGCGAUGAGAGUGAUCUGGAAAUUGAACAGAAGACUGAGAAGGACAAUGCAAUUGUGGAAAAGCUUGAAGAGGUUGCGAGCUACAUGAAGCGUAUGAAAGGAGGCGAAGACGACACAGCGGCGCUGCCAAAGUGGGGAGAAACUCACUUUAAUAGACAGGGACCCAUUCAGCACGGGCACAGGUUAGAGGAGGUGCUCGAUACGGUAGCUCCUGACGACGCCGAUAUCUGGUUUGAAACCUCUGCUGUGUUGAAAGAGAUGGAGGAAAGCAGCACCGAGGCAAAGCAAGAGGUUGUGAAGGCGCUGCUCACUGGUGGCGGCCUUCGAGCACACCUCUUCAACAAGCUGUCGGUUGAUUCAAAGGCCCUCAGGUGGCUUUUCAAUCUGGUGUGCUAUUCUCCGGAGGACAUGGUUGAGAGGGCUGCUUUCUGUCUGCUCGCUGACAUCAUUGGUGGCGGCUCCAAGGUCGCCGCACUCGCUGGCGUUUCGGACGCGUACCUUACAAGCAGCACAUGCGGCGCUUCUUUCCUAGACAGGCCCCGAGAAACGCGGCUCGACCUAGGCUGGGUGCCCAAUUUGAGCGACUUUCGCGAAGUGUUCAAUGCCUAUGGCUACGUUGAGAAGGCAGUGGGGGAAGCGUCGGCUGACAUCAGCGAUGACUCUGAUGCCGAGGGCGAGGCAGGACCGAGUGGGGUGACCCAGGCAGAUGAGCAGCAUCGCGAACGCAUUCCCUCGAACGUCUGCUCCCUUCUGCGGCUCAUCACAGUGUUGGCUACGGCAAGGUCGACCAUUGGCACUUUCUCCGCCAAGGACACGGAAGGCCUGGUCGUGCUGCUCGCGCGGGCGUCGCUCGAUCACCAGCUCGUCUUCGCGACGGAGACCCUGCAAGCCGCAAUCCAAGCGCUGACCGACAGCUUCACGGACUCGGAGUGGAAGGCGGUGGGGCCCAGGCUCACGAAGACGCUCUCAAGGCUGAGCGGACGGUACAUCAACAACGUCCGCAUCGUCGUCAGCUGGCCGUGCGCGUCCGCCCGCUCCUUGGACCUGCAGCGCGCAUUGGCCUUCGCACUGCUGGUAGACAUGUUCAAGAAGACGCGGGUUGAGAAGUCGGUGCGCGGCGUCGUGUCCCUGUUCAAGCCCGUCAACUUCAAGGACGCGGACUGCGUCAUCCUCAUGACCCAGCUCCGGCUCGCUGACGUGUACCUCCGUCAUCUGCCCGCGCUUGCUGACGACCUCGACGCGGCCCAGAGUUGGGUCCAGGUCUUGCGGUCGGUGCUGAGUGGAGUGAAGCACAUCGAUCCCCGCCCUGGAGCAGGAGACGUCCGUCAACUAGCUUCAUUCGCUUUGAUCAAAUACGACGACGAAGUCGACAAGUUAGAAGACCCGAGGGAUCAGCAGCUGGCUUAGUCCUUGGCAGUGCACUUGAUCUGGAGAGUUACUUUUGUAGCAAGAGGCUGGACAGGAAAGGACAACAAAGUGGGGCUACGACGUCUGCGCUCAAGUGGCAACGUUUUACCCUUGGUUCGCAACUGUCACAGACGUUUUACAAGCUGCUUAGGAAUAACCCGACAGCCCUGACAAGUAAGGUCGAAGAGGUUUAUCUUCGGGUUGACUAUGAUUCAAAUACGUCGGUCCAACAGAGUUCUCAGUUACCUAAUCUUCACAUUGUUAUGCAUGAGAUCAUUUUGGGAGCUAGGAUUGUAAUGGUCACCAGGACACCAAAUCGCACACUUAACUUAGUAGUCCGCACAUGGUCG